AUGGCGACGGCUGACCCUUUUGCAGCGCCUCCAGCUGUUCCUGCCGUCGACUUCUUUUUCCCUACUCUCUUUGGCAGCACACUCCCCGGCGCACAUUCGCAAGACCGUUCUUCUCUCCCUUCCCUCUCGUCUGUCUCUUCUGCGCCUUCGCCGGUUUCCGGGAAACUUAAAAGUCUUUCUCUGCUGUUUUCUGUCUCGCUUAAACCGUCGAUCUCCUCCCGUCUCUCCCCCCUGCGCACCCCGCCUCUGGCCCUCCCUGAAGAUGCAACCAAUACCCUCGCUCUCUCCCCUUCCGGCGAUCUCCUCUUUGUUGCUGGCUCAGAGGGCCAGCUUCUCGUGCUUCCCCUCACGCCUCGAGGCACACCCGCUGGAAAACUGUGUCAAAAAACGCCGCCGUUUCGACACACAAACCUCCCAUCUCGUCCCCCCUCGUCCUCGUCUCCUUCCUCUUCUUUUCUGACACCAGUCGAGGGGGCGACAGGCCCUCAGAUGUCGCUGUGGGGUGUUCCGGCGACCGCGGAGGAACUUCGUCGGCGCCAGCAAUCGGGAGAAGUUUGGUCCGUUUCCCAGAGACGGAGACAGCGCGGCGACAGAAACGGUCCGUUUGUGGAGAGUGAAUGGGAAUCUGUCUCUUCGUCCAGUUCCGACGCGGGUCUCUCCGAGGUCGAGUCAGAGCGAGGAGAGACUCGAGGGCGCGACGGGGAAGACGCCCCCUUCCUCACGGCUCUUGGCGAAGAAGUGGAGACGGGCCAUCUGCACAGCGCCAAACACCUGGGAAGAGAGCGCGCCUUCCUGCCGGAGCGUUUCGUCUUUUUGCUCCCCGCCGACCGCUACAGACGGCCGGGGGCGUUCUCGCCGCAUGCAGUCGAGGCCAGCGAGCUGGACGAGGCUUCGACUUGGCCCUUCGCGGCGCGCGACAGACGCGUCCGCGCCACAAACAUCGCGUGCGAGACUCUCGCGGGGGAAGAAGUCCUCGUCAGUACCACCCGCGCCGGCGACGUGCUGGUCUUCUCCCUCGCGGGGAUCAGAGAGCGUCUCGACCGCGAGCGAGAACGGAAGAGAGAAGAAAAGCAAAGAGAACGCGAGGCAAAGCGCAGGAUCGCCAGGGAGACGAAAGAGCAAAAGGAGAAGAGCGCGACGGAGAAGCGCGAGAAGGAAGAAAGAGAUGCGGGAGAGAGUCAGAGAGAGGCGAAUCGACAGGGCGCGUUCCAGGCGGCGUCUGCCGAUCGUCUCGAACGGGGACACGACGCGGAUGAACAGGCAAGAGACCGACUGGAAUCCCUUUCGUCUGCGUCGUCCUGGGAGGCGCAUGAUGGCGACUCUCUCGUCAACGCGUUGCGAGCAGAAGCGCGGGAAAGACAACAAGAAGAACGAAUCCGACAGAUUCAGAUGGAGGAGGCACAUAGACUCACGCCCGUCCCGGAUGUGUGGAUUAGGAACAGUCUCGGCCCCCCGACGUCUCAUUCGAGCUGUCAAACGGACGUGUCGACGUGGUCCUUCGCGUGCAAUCCUUUUCCGCCCGCAGCUGCGCCUCUGUCGUCUUUUCCCGUCUGUUCCCUUCUGCUUCCCUUCUACUCGUCUCUUGUCUUUGGCAGCAACACUCAUCAUCUCUCCUUCAUCGACCUCCGCCAUCUCCCAGUCGGACGCGGAGACGCCGCCCUGUCUUGUUCCGCUUCGCUCCUGCACAAGCGCGUCUCUCGCAGCCACGCAAAAGAUCUCAUUCUUGCUGCCGCCCGCCUUCUCGCCCCACAAUCCUCCAGCACCACGUGGGACUCCUCGUCGUCUUCCGCCGCUCUUUCGGAGUCGUUAGAGUCUUCAGAAGCGUCUCGUGGCUCGCCGGCUGUGGAGUCUGCGGAGCGGCAAGCACGCGAAGGGCGCGAAGCCAGAAGACAUCCCGGCGCGGACACGGAUGCAGACAGCGACUCGGACUCAGAGCAGAAGGGAGAGAAGAUCAGAGAGACGAUCAGAGAGCCACUCAGAAGGAGCAAAGAGAAGGAGAGUUCGAGGGAGAGAGACGAGCGAGGAGCAAGGGAGAGACAGGUUGAGGGAGAGGCCGGGCCGAGCUCGGAGUCUGGGCCUCCGCCACAGAUGCCUGGUCGUCGCGUCAGCGGAAGAGCGCGCCUUCGUCCGGCGUCGAAGCAGUCGCCUCAUCCGACAAGAGACGAGGAAGCAGACGAAAGUGCAGGAGGGCGAGCCGACGGGAAUAUAGGGCGAGCCCGGGAGGUUUCUGAAGAGUUGGAGUGCCUUCGGCGCCUCUGCGCAGAUGCAUGCUCCUGGGCGGCCAUUGCGGCGGGCCAGGAAAAGUUCGCCUCAAGCACCGACGAGGACGACUGGGAAUCGAACCACGGAGAGGCGCGCGCGCGAGUGACAGAAGACAAAGCAUCAGAAGGGGAAGAUGGCGCCGACCUGGGGGCGAGUUGGCGCCCCGGAGUCGGAGGUCAGAGAGGGACCAGGCGUUUCCCGUCGUUUGUUCUUCCAGAGGGCUCCACCUUUCCGGUAGUAGCGCAGUCCCGUCCGAGAAGUCCGCCGGCACAAUGGCGACAAGAAACAAACGCAACGGCAGGCCUUCCUGGACUGGCCCAAGUGUCUCCGGCUCGUUAUGCAUCUCCCUCUGCGCAGGCGGCUACGGUCUUCGCCCCCUGGCCUCGCAGGCCAGGCAUGGCUCUGUGGCGGGAGGCGCAGAAUGCAGCUUCUUUUCGUCCUUCGUUCCUCGCGUUCCCCGACCCCAAUGACCACGUGGAUCUUCCCGACGCUCCGCUCUUCGUCGAGCCCUACGUGCGCCCCAGGUGGCUGCGCAAACGCCGCCGAGGCCUCGGCGACUUGCCGGCCCUCUGCGGCGACAGCCCACGCAAACACGGCCCGGUUCUGUCUCGUCGCGGGAGCGGGCCAGGACUAGAUGCAGGCGAUUUGCGGAUUUCCUGGAGACGACAGCGAACGGGCGAGGCGAGCGAAGCUUCUGUGCAUGCAGCCGGUCGCGCCCGAGCGGCGCGACCGCCCGCGGGGUCACGGAGGACCCAGCGGGACGGCUUGCAAGCGGCAGGAGUAGGCUUCCUCGCUCGCCCUGUCUUUCCCCGUCGCUCGCGUGCACCAGAAGAGGCGGAAUUGGUCAGACGGCCAAUCAACAUACGUCGCCGGCUCUUUCGCCUGAACCUCGAAACUCGAGACGCAGACACAGACGCCCGCCGAGAGCUUCAGGACGACUCAGGACUCAGACCCCGAGCUCACGUUCUGCGAAACUUUCGCCCCACUCCAUCUGCUUCGUCUUUCCGUCCUGCCUUGCCUUCGUCUUCUAACGCGUUGCCUUCGCGGGCCUUGUCGUCUGGGGCUUUGUCUUCUCGUCCUUCUCUCCUAGACCGGUCUGUGGCGGAGGCUCUCACUCCUCUUCUCAGCUUGCUUCGCGCAGGGGCUCCAGAGAGCGGAGAGGAGACGAGGGCAGUCAGAGACAGCCUGACGGUGAGCGAGAUCGCACGGACCUUGCUGAAUCGUCCCGAGCGCGUGUUCGUGUACACCCCCCCGCUGUCUCGCCCAGGCUCCACAGAGGCCGCAACAGCCCAAAGUCCCUCAAGCGGCGGAGGCCUGCAACGCCGCAUGCAUGCCGUUCUUCCGCAGCAACUCGGCGACGCCGAGGCAAGCGCGCGAGAGCAAGGAGGGCGCCGAGAGGAAGGAGAAAACAGAGAAAACGAAGAAGAACCAAGAGAGGACGGAGAACACGGAGAAGAACCAAGAGAGGACGCAGGAAGCAGAGAAAACGGAGGAUUCGGCGUACGCGACGCUGGCGCCGAACACGGACAGAGGCCUGCGAGAGAGCCUGGUGUGUGUACGGCUCAGCAAUCGCCCGCCUCCGUGUCUCCUCGCUCAGCUUCCGCGUCUUCACCGGCGCCGCUCGGCCGGCCUUUCCACACCGCCGACGUCUCGCGGUCCACAGUUUUCGCAGGCGCGGGGGAGGCUCGAUCCGAGACAACUCAACUGCUGACGUCUUUUUCCUCUUCUGGCUCGUCUUCCGCUGCGUCUUCUGCUGUCGCGAAUCUUUCUUCCAGAGAGGGAAGGAGAGAGUGCGAAAAUCCGGGACAAGGGGAACGAAUCGAGCGGGACGACGCCGGCCAGCGUCUGCGGUCCUUCGAGUCCCUCGCGGCGCAUGCAGCCGCAGCAGCCGCCGCCUCGCCCUCAGUGACGGUCGCCGGCGCAGGGCGAGGAGACACGGGGCGAGAAGGCACGGGGCGAGAAGGAGAGGACGGAGGCCGCCGAGGCCCCGCGGCGGGACCGGCAUCUCGCGACGCGCAUUCUGCACAGAGCGAACGAGAGCCCGACGGGGAAACAGACCCAGACGGCAGAGAGAGACGCCAGCGCGUCCCAGAGGGAGAAGCACGUGAAGAGGGAGACGAGCGAGCUGGGUUUCUCACACGAGGAGAGGAGCGCGAGAGCAGACAGGAAGAUCCGGGAGACGCGUUGUCGGACAGGGCGUGGGGGAGAAUAUGGAGAACCCUUACUGCGAGGAUCGGCCUGGCAGAUGCGAGAGAGCGAAACGUAGAUGAAUCAUCGGACGAAAGCCGAUCUCCACGGGAGAGGCGGCAAGCGCUGGACUGGGUGGAGGUGCCCGCUGCACUGGUGGACUUUCUCAGCGUUUACCUCUAUCGCUGCAACGUUCCCUUGGUCGCUGCGUCUCUGCUCCUGCAUGCAGCCGCCUUGGGGCACCUGUCCCCCCCUCUGUCUCCCGCAGCGCUGCUGCCGUUUCGGCCUUCUCUGCCUGGGCGACAACCUCGGCGGGGCCUUGCACUGACGAGGAAUGGCGCUCGACUGUCUCCUUUCGUCUCUCUCUCGCCACUGGUUCCGUCGAUCCGAGAGGCGGAAGAGAAGAAAGAGAAGAACGAGGAGGAAGAGAAGAAAGAGGAGGGAGAGGAAGAAGAGAAGAAAGAGGAGGGAGAGGAAGAAGAGAAGAAAGAGGAGGGAGAGGAAGAAGAGAAGAAAGAGGAGGGAGAGGGAGAAGAGAAGAAAGAGAAGAAAGAGGAGGGAGAGGAAGAAGAGAAGAAAGAGAAGAAAGAGGAGGGAGAGGAGGAAAAGGACAGAGAGUGUCACGAGAAAGCAACGGAGUUUGUUGGAGGCUUGGCGUCUUCCGGCGCACGCAGAGAAGUGAUAUCAUGUGCGAGGAGGGACAGCGGUUUGCUGAGCUUCCGAGGGGCGUCGUGUUCAAUCGACGCCUCCAUUCGGCUUAUCCGCGCGCAACCGCCUUCUCUCCCGUCUCGUUCGUCUCUCCCCCCGUCGUCUUUUUCUCUUCUUUGCCCUUCUCUGGGUCGCGGUGAGGAGCCGCGACGACGGGAUGAGGCUGAACGGGGGCGGGUGGGCGCGCGGAAAGCACGCAGGGAGAGACCGGGGCGAGGCCGCCGGGCGGAGGAAAAAGGAACGCAAAAACUUGCUUCCCGCCGCUGUGGCGGAGACACCUCGAACGGGACAGCACAGUCAAAUAAAGCGAGAGGACAGAAGGAAAACGAACCGGCGAUGGGAGAUCUCCUGGCCAUUCACCAAAUUUCAGGAUGGGCGUGGAGUGUCGCCUGGCUAGAUCUACGAAAUCUCGGCACUCUCGACUGGGACCAGCUCUUUGACCUGUCGCUCCCUUGCGCUCCUCCGCCGGCCUCAGCAGCUGCAGGGCGUCCCAUCCGAGCCCUCGCAUCUUCCGCUGCGCGUCUUCCGGAUGAAACGGAGGCUUUCCAACUGGCGGGAGACCCUGCGGGGACAAGCCGAGACGACGCGGAGAGCCCGCGAAACCAGGCAGGAGACAUGAAAGUCGUCGACAGCGAGACUCCACGAGAGCCAGAGCAACCCGACCGCGUGAUGCGCGAAGCGGAAGAUAACACCUGUGGAGAAGACGUCUGUGAAGAGGAGGUCUGGGAAAAGGAACAGAUUAGACGGGACGAAGAAGCGCGGUGGAGACAGACUGCGAUACGCUCACUGCUUGCGGCUGGGGAGCCCACGCUGCGGAGUGCACUGGUGGACCGCGCCCUCCUCGACGCACUGCAGAGAGCCGCUCAGAACUUCCACGCAGAGACGGAAGAUCCCCCUUUCUCUGCUGGGCGAGGAGGCCUUAGCGAGACUUGGACGAAAGAAUCUGACGACUUUAACGGUGCAGAAGCACGCGAGGGAUGGGAGGGUGAAGGCGAGAACAAGGUCGGAGACCGAAGAGGGACGGGGCUUCAUAGCAGAAGCCUCAACGCCACGAGGCCAGCGAUACGGCUUAGAGGCGACGUGUCCAGCGACAGCGAAUACACAGAAGACGGGAGAAGACCCGAGGCCGAGGCUGCAGGCCAUAGCUCGUCAGAGGCUGUCAGGAGCAGCGAAUUCCAGUUGAGCGGGGCGGAGGCAUCAGAGACGGGGAGAGACAGAGACAGACCCGUAAAACGGCGGAAGGGCGAUGCGCGACUGGAAACGGAUACCGACACGGUGGGAGCGGAGGCUCUGGGGCGAAGGCGUCCGCGGACAGAGACUCUGGAGCAGGCGACCGUCGUGCGAUGGACUGCCGACACCGCUGAAAGUGUCGCCAGCGCCUUGGCCAGUCAACAGGAGCAGCUGCAGCGAGACUCUCGAGAGCUGCUGGAAGACGUCGGGAGAAAUUUCGACGCAUGCGCCCGCACGCACACCGCCAGCGCCUCGGCGAUUUUGAACGUGGACCCACACGCUCUCGUGGCAGACGGCGCCCUCGUCGAGGAGAUCAAGACCGUUGUCGCAGGCCUGCACAGGCAGAGAGCCGAACUCGUCGAAUGGCAGAGUGUGAUACGCGCUGUGAACGCAGAGGUCCCCUCUUCCUUUUCUGCCGCUGUUUCGUUCCCUUCCUCCGUCCCCCUUCUGUCUCCGUCCUCUGCGAGUGCGCUGGGAGAGGCUCUGUCUCGGGCGCGGCUGCAGCUUGCCGGUUUUCAGCGGGAACGGUCGCGAGCGCAUGGAUGCCGCGGAGCCGUUGAAGCCUCUGGGCCUGUUAUCUCGGAGCGCGUGUCGCGCAUCCAGGCGUUUCUGGAGGCGCAGAGACACCACGCGACGGGCGAGCGAGAGCUGGGAGUCUCCUUUCAGGCCUUCCUGGAGGCGGGCGAAGGGGAGAGACAGCAGACACACCAGUUGAAGUGCGACGCGGCGCCAGAGGAGAGGAGACAGCGAGAAGCGACGGAGACAGGUGCAGGCGGAGGGGCGAGAGAUGAGACGGGGGGAGAGGGCGAGCGGAGAGGAGGCGGGGGACGGCGUCGUCCAGAGUCGGCGGAGAGGGAAGGACACGGCGCGAAAGACGAGAGCCCGCUGAAAGGGAAAAGCGGCGCGUUUGAGAGAAGAGAGAUGCACGACGGGGAGCAUUCGGCGCCUGGCUCUUCGACCUUGUCUGCUGCCUCGCGAGAGGCCGCGAAUCCACCACACCCUUCCUUCCUCUCUCCAGAGGGUGAGGCAGCCAGCGCGGUUGUCGAUGCCGUCGUCAGCGUGGCAUCUCGGCGCGGACAGGCAGUCGCCUUCGAGAACUCGCGACACAUACCGGGUCCCUCUCCUGGUGCUCCUUCGCCUUCUCCGUGUCCGACCCGUUCGCCCUUUUUGCGCAGAACCGAAGAGGACGGCGUGGAGGAAAGAACGCCUGGAGACGCCGAAAAUGCAGGCCACGACGGAGCGAUGUGGCGAAGACGCUUAGAACCGUUCCUCCUUCUCCCGCAGUCUGAAGACGCGACGCCGCUUCCGGCUCUUCACGGCACACCAGCCAAAAGAGCGUCAACUCCCAUCCCCGUUUCUGCCUCGCUUCCGUCGUCUCCGUCUUCGUCCAUGCCUUCUGGAGCGUCUCCUGUCUCUGCGUCUGUCCCUUCUGCGGCAGGUGUGCCCGUGUCGAGUCGCGUUCGCGCGGCUGCAGAGACAGAUCGCCCUCGACAGGCCCAGCAGGCGCGUCCGGCGUUUCGCGUCUCGCCAGGCCUCCCCGCGGUCUUUCACCAGACGCAGGGUGAGCGACUUCGCUCGGGGCUUCUUUCGCGACUUCGCUUUUUGCCGGCGAACCGCACGGUUCGCGCAGGCGCGUUUGGCAGGCGAGAGCGAACGCGCAGAGCGGUCUUGGGCACCAUCAACGCCGAGGAGAAGAGUCGCCUGGUUGCCCAGCUCCUCGUGGCGACGGGAGAGAGAUCACUCGUUCUCCUGCGGCCGCGCUUCGAGCUCGUCGAAGAGGCGGCGAACUCUCCCGCAGAGACAGAGCCGGGAGUCGAGGGACAAGCAAGAGGCGAGGAGACAGACAGGGGGGCGCCGAGUGCUCAGCUGUUUUGUGGAGAAACGGCCGGGGUGGAUGCAGCGGUCGGGCGCAGACUUCUUGAUUGGACCGUGCUGAAGUCUCGAGAAAACGCGGUCGUCGGCACGCUAGCAACAACGGCGCAAACGACGGACCUGCCUCGAGACGCCUCGGCGGAUCCGUCAUCUCCCCCUUCUUCCUCUCCCUUUACCUCUUCUUGUCCUUCCUCUUCUGAUUCUCGUCGGUGGCGAGUGGCGUUGGAGGAGGUUGCAUCGAUUCCCGAUGUCUUUCCGUCUGGCCACGCGUCGGAUUUCCAGCGGCUCUGUUUCCUACGCACCAUCGAGGCUGCGGGCCUGAUCGUCUGCGCCUUUCAGCACGGCGGACCAGUCCUCGUCUACGCCGUUGAAAAGUGUCCCCUCACCCAAGGCCUUUUCUUGCGGGCGGUCGCCAUGUGCAUGGGAGUCGAUGCUGUUCUGCGACAUCUCCCGGAGGAGCUGAGAAACCGAAGCGUCGAAGACAGACUGCUCUUUGUGCCGGCGACGCCUCAAGGCUCUGGCGUCGACUCGUCGCGGAUCAGCGGUUUCGCUGUGUGGCAUCAGAGCCUCGGCGUGGGCGAGACACCGGCGGCGUUGGAAACAGCGUGUCUCUCCAGAGGGAGGGAGCGCUCGGGGACGCGGCGUCUUGAUCAGGAUUUACAUCCUGACUGUCUCUCUCACUCUCCUGUGCUACGAAUUUUCGUACGAUGCGCUGUCGGUUCCCCCGGCGCCCACCGCAGCUUCGGUGCCUUGUGGGUCGUGCGCCUUCGACCCGGCAGAGAAACGCGUGGGGCGGAGGAACGCCUCCGAGGCAAGCUGUCGCCUGUUCGCCUCCGAGAGAGACGCGUGUCUCUACCCCAGCGGGGGAGCAACAGAUGUGCGUCACCGAGAUGCACAUUUUUGCGAUGA